AUGGAGAGCAUUCAAAUCUGGUUGUUGAUCGUCGCAUUCUUGCGUCUUUUGGGAGCAUCACAAGCAUUCUUCAAUGUUGGAAGACUUAGAACCAACGUUUACUCAUCCGAUCCAAAGCAGAUUACUGGACUGACAGCUAGACUGUUUGGCAUUUGGACAUUGAUGAGCUUCACCUUGUGUGUUGCCACUGCCUACUCACCAUACAACAAGACUCUGUUCUUUGUCACUUGGGUAUCAUUCGUCUGGGCCUUCUUGCACUUCUUCACCGAGACCCUUAUCUUUAGAACAUCCAGUGUCAAGGAUGCCAUUCCACCCUUCAUCGUUGCUAGCACUUCAAUCAUUUGGAUGGGCUUCUCAUUGCUUAACUGGUAG